GUUGUCAACAGCUCCGUGGUGAGAGGAAAACAUUUAUAGACCAUGGCUGAGCCCCGAACAUCGUCCAUUGACGGAAAGCUGGCUGAGGAGUUUGCCGUUCCCGCCCACGUGGAGGAGGUCAGGGAGAAGAUGGCCGCUUUCGCCUGCCGCCACGCCGAAGCAGGCCGCAGGGUGGUUCUCAUCACCUCAGGAGGCACCAAAGUCCCUCUGGAGUCGCGCACCGUCCGCUUCCUGGAUAACUUCAGCAGCGGCAGGCGGGGAGCCUCCUCAGCGGAGUACUUCAUUGACUCGGGCUACGCCGUCAUCUUCCUGCACCGGCACCGCUCCCUCUACCCGUACACGCGCAUGUUCUUAACCAUCAACAUGCUGGACGCCCUGCAGUUCAGGGGCGGCGAAGGAGCCGGCGAGGUGGUGGUCAACCAGCAGGUGCUUCCGGGCAUCGCCGGGGUCCUGAAGAGGUACAACCAGGUGAAAGACGGCGGGCUUCUUCUACCCAUCGAGUUCAACACGCUUUCAGAGUAUCUGCAUUUACUAAAGGCAGCGGCGCAGGCGCUCAGCACUAUAGGAUCAAAGGCCAUGUUCUACUUGGCUGCAGCCGUGUCAGAUUUCUACAUACCGGCGUCAGAGAUGCCUGAACACAAAAUCCAGUCCUCCAACGGACCUCUUCAGCUCAGCAUGAAGAUGGUUCCUAAGCUGCUGUCGCCGCUCGUUAAGGACUGGGCGCCUCAGGCUUUUGUCACAUCCUUCAAGCUGGAGACCGACUCGGCCAUCCUACUGGACAGGGCCCGGCAGGCUCUGGCCGCGUACAGACACCAGGCGGUGGUGGCCAACGUGUUGGACUCCCGGCGGGGCUACGUGGUGGUCGUGACCCCGGACACCCAGGCAGAGCUGGUCCUCACCGAGGACGAGGCGGAGAAGGACGUGGAGAUCGAGGAGAGGAUAGUGAGCAACCUGACGUCGGCGCACAGCAAGUUCAUAAGCCAACAAGCCGGGUGACGGAUGAUCUGCGUCUUUUAACUCUACUUUCAGUGUGUUGGGAUAAUUACAAACCAAUCAAGCCAUUUAUGGUCAGUGAUCUUUGAAUGUUUAUUCACGUUAUCAGGAAAAGCGCAGCAUGAUUUCAGGACUGGUGACCGAUCAUAAAGGCACACAGGUGCAGCCCGCUGCCUCGGCUGCAACACAACAACACACUCUGGACUCUCCUGGUUACUUAAGCUUGGUGCUUUUCUUGACACCGGCCCGGAUGCCAGACACCUCCCCUCCGUACCGCGUCUCCUCCCGACGGACUUCUCGCACCUGGUGAGAAGGAACGUGGGUUAAGUACCUGGAGAUAAGUCGGUAGGAUUCCUUCCAACGCUUGCAGGACGUCUGACGUUAUCCACCAGAAACACAAACCUGUCCCUUUCUGCGGAUUUUGGCCCGUCUGUACUUCUCUCUGUGUUUGACUCUGGGGUUACGGUCAAUCUUCUUCCUCUUGGGCGUCAGCCCCUUGUUCUUGGCCAUCUGUGGAGGCGUCACAUUAGAUCACAGUCAGACAUCAGGAUGCCCUGAGAAAAUCAGCCCUGGGACAUAUUCUGCUAGACUUAAGGCAGAAACAUGAAGACGCUGAGGAUUAUCCAACGACGCAUGAUGUUAUGUGUCUGCCGGUCAUUUACAAAUAAAAAACUACAGCAUUAAACAAC